GGGCGGUCCCAUGAAGAAGGGAGCUAACCCGAGGAGCUAACCCGCUAGCCCCGGCGCUCUGCAGGCUCUGGUGUACUCUCUAAAGCCGGUCAAGAUGGUCCAACUUGUGGGUCCCCUCCGAAAAGAGCUCGCCGAGACCCUCUCCACUUGCAAGGUGCUGGUGGUGGGUGCGGGAGGGAUCGGCUGUGAGCUGCUGAAAGACUUGGUCCUCACCGGAUUCAAGAAUAUCGAAGUGAUUGACUUGGAUACAAUCGAUGUCAGCAACCUAAAUCGCCAAUUCCUCUUUCAAAAGAAACAUGUUGGGAAGUCUAAAUCCCAGGUGGCUAAAGAGAGCGCCUUACAGUUUUGUCCCUCUGCCAACAUUGUUGCUUACCACGACAGCAUUAUGAACCCUGACUACAAUGUGGAAUUCUUCAGAAAGUUUGUGCUGGUCAUGAAUGCCUUGGACAACAGAGCUGCUCGUAACCAUGUGAAUAGGAUGUGCUUAGCAGCAGAUAUCCCUCUCAUAGAAAGUGGCACAGCAGGAUACCUUGGACAAGUAUCUGUUAUUAAAAAGGGAUUAACAGAGUGCUAUGAGUGCCAACCCAAACCUACUCAGAAGACAUUUCCAGGUUGUACUAUAAGAAACACACCAUCUGAGCCUAUUCACUGUAUUGUAUGGGCCAAAUAUCUUUUUAAUCAGCUUUUUGGAGAGGAGGAUGCUGAUCAGGAAGUUUCUCCAGACACUGCAGAUCCAGAAGCUGCAUGGAAUCCUGAAGAUGCAGCUGCCCGCGCCACAGCAUCAGAAAAAGAUGGUGACAUCAAACGUGUAUCCACCAAGGAAUGGGCCCGAUCCACAGGAUAUGACUCUGUAAAACUUUUCAACAAGCUAUUUAAAGAUGACAUCAUGUACUUGUUAACCAUGGAUAAGCUAUGGAAAAAGAGGACCGCACCUAAACCUUUGGACUGGCACCAAGUGGAGAAAAAUGAAAGUCCUAAAGAGUCAGAGUGCACUAGUACAGGGCUGAAGGAUCAGCAGGUUCUUGGUGUUUGGGGAUACAGCCAACUUUUCCAACAAAGUGUAGAGACCCUGCGCUCGCAACUGGAAAAGAAGGGAGAGGGAGCGGAGCUCGUAUGGGACAAGGAUGACCCACCAGCUAUGGACUUUGUUACUGCUGCAGCUAAUCUACGAAUGCACAUCUUUAGCAUGAACAUGAAGAGUCGUUUUGAUGAAAAGUCCAUGGCUGGAAACAUCAUUCCUGCAAUAGCUACAACCAACGCUGUAAUUGCAGGACUCAUUGUGCUGGAAGGGCUAAAAAUCUUGUCUGGGGAGAUUGAGUCAUGCCGUUCGAUCUUCCUGAAUAAGAUUCCAAACCUCAGGAAGAAGUUGCUGGUGCCUUGUGUACUUGACCCACCGAGUGCUAACUGUUAUGUCUGUGCCAGUAAGCCAGAAGUCACCGUCAAACUCAAUGUCAACAAAACCAUGGUCAUCUCCCUGCAGGACAGAAUCCUGAAGGAGAGGUUUGGGAUGGUGGCUCCAGAUGUGCAGAUAGAAGAUGGAAAAGGGACCAUUCUGAUCUCCUCAGAGGAAGGAGAGACGGAAGCCAACAACAACAAAUUCCUCUCAGACUUUGGGAUUCGCAAUGGCAGCCGUCUCCAAGCUGACGACUUUCUUCAAGACUACACACUCCUUGUUAAUGUUAUACACACUGAGGAACUCGAGAGGGAUGUGGAAUUUGAAGUAGUUGGUGAAGCUCCUGACAAAGCCCCGACUCCACAGAAUAAACCAGAAGAUGCAAACAAUAUCACCAAUGGCAACAAGGACUCUGCCCAACCGUCCACCUCCUCCAAAGCUCCAGCAGAUGACGAUGACAUCAUGAUCGUUGACUCUGACGAUGAUGAAGGAGCGGCUUCGAGCUCGGCCGCAGACACUCCCAGCAGCCACAAGAGGAAGCACUCAGACGCAGAAACAGGAGAGACCUCAGCCAAACGUCCACGGACAGACCAAACUGCUGAAGAGGACGAUGAUGAUAUUAUUGCUCUGGACUAGAUGUGCAGCUGUUGUCGUUUUGACAGAACAGUGACUGCAGCCUCACGUGUUUUAUGAAGAACAAUUUAUUACAACGGUUUUUCAUUUGUCAAAUCCAUUUCUCAACAGACCAAUGUAUGCUUUAACAGUCCCUCUUCCUUCCCUACACAAUGCUGUAUAUAGUCUGAGAAUUUGCUAGCUCAUUUUUUACUUUUACUCAUUUCAAUCCUAUAAAGCGCGUCUCUUGAUGGUUACAGUAAGUGUUUUGUAUCUUUUAUAAACCUUAUGUAUUUCAUGUGCUACACAAGUCAGGAUAAUCAUUUGUUAGCAAGUUGCAUAAGAAAAAAACACCAAACCAAAUGAUUGUUUUCCAUCUAUUAUUUAUGUCUUGUGAUGAUGCGUCAACUUGAGGACAGGCACCUUGUGGUACUUGUGUGUAGUGAAUGUUGCCUGACUUGACUUAAAUAUACACAAGCACUGAAAUGGCUGCUUUGUGCCAUGGUAGAAAAGAAAAGACAAUGGAGUCAACUCUUUCAUUACAUGCUCUAUGUGAAGUACAUUGAGAAAGGCAGUCAAGGUCUUGUUAAACAAAACUGGCACUGACAUGGCCACCUUUGAAACUGCAUUGGUAUCACUUUCAUUUUAAUAGUUUUACUAUGUGCACAUAACGAGCAUCACAACAGCGAUGUUUUCUGUUUAUUUCUAUGAAACAUGUACAACAAGCUUCACUAUGAUACUGUUAAGAUUGUGACCUGACUUGUAUAGCCUUGAGUCUAUUGGACAUUAUUGUUGGAAAAAAAAUAAACUUUGCUAUUAGAUAAUGUGUA